CAAAAAAGAAGGAUGCUUUUAUCUACAUCUAAGUUGUCAACUUCUAAACUAGGAAAGUCCCAAUUGUAGAGUCCUUAAAGAUCUACUGUUAAUUAUCUUUAAUAAGACCUCGAUUCUCCUUCAAGAUAAAGAAUCAAGUUAUUAUCUGAUAAAUGGAAUCAUAUCCAAAAUGGAAUAGACAAGGAUAAAUUAGAGAAGAGAGAAGUUCUCGAGGAAAGAAUUAAAAUUAUUGAAGAUGUUCUCUCUUCUGAAAAACCAAAGGAUGAGUAAAGAUUUAAAAUCCUUAAGGAUCAAGUAUUAAAACUUCAAGAUUAUGCUCACAAUCAAAAAGCUGAAAGAGAAGUAUUUCAUAUAACUUAAACUUUAAGGCCUUCGAUGACAAAAAAGACAAAGAUUUCAGAACUCUAUCUGAUAACGUAGCUCUCUCUUUUGAUCAAGAAAGAAAUAGCAGAGGACAAGCUGAAACAAAGCUGUAAAAACAAAUAGAUGAAAGAUUCCAAUAAAUCACUCUCACAAUCACAAGGAACACUCAUCAAUAUGAAGACAGAAGCUAAGUUAAAAUUGCUGAAGUCUUGUAAUAAGUGCAAUUAGUGAAGAAUCAAUUAGAUCAAGAGAGAAGAUCAAGGUAAUUCUAAUGAUUAUUUUGUAGAGAAGAAUCAUCUGAAUCUUUGUCUGAAUAAAUCGAUUCUGAAAUUAACAAAUUUUCAGAUUAGCUCCUUAUUGAAAAGAAGGUAAGAGAAGAAACUCAAGGAAAAAUCUUUAGAAUGAUAGAGGAUGUUCAUGGAAAAUUGUAAUAAGAUAUCAAUGUUGAAAGAAGAGAAAGGGAAGCUACAACUGAAGCCUUAUUGAAAUUGUUGGAGGAUGCAUGUAUCAAAAUAGAUAAAAAUUUCAGAUCUUUUUGAGUUUAAAUAAAUAAAUACAC